UCAAGAGACAGCGUCCCGAGCAAGCACUUAGAGCUUGGUGCCGUACGACCCGCAGAACUGCCACAAUCAUGAGCCCUCACGCCAACUCGGAAGCUAUCGAUAGCUACAGCCCUCCUCCAGUCAAGGCUGCGAUACCAUCAAGACUAUAUGCCAUUGCAGACACACCUAAAGUGUCCAGCCUGGCAAACAUCUGCGACCGAUCUGUUACGACCAAGAAUUACCCUCUGGCGUCUGAAGUGCAGAAGAACAUUCCGAUUUACAACCUAGCCAAGUAUAAUUCCGACAAGACAGCCGCGAACAACCUUCAAGACGAAUGGUACGAAGUUUUAGCCAAUGGACCCGGUGUUUUUGUAGUACAGAACAUGUACAGCGACCAACCCUUACUCGACGAGACCAACGAAGCCUUCCACCAGAUUAUCGAAAGAGAGAAGUCGCAUACCAAAGGUGAUCACUUCGCCGCUGGUGGAAAGAACGACCGGAUCUGGAACUCAUUCAGCAAACACGGCUUACAAGACCCUUCUUCUUUCGUCAAAUACUAUUCGAACCCUUGGCUAGCCCGAGUCUGCGAGGCAUGGCUGGGACAGCAGUAUCGUGUCACAGCUCAGACCAACAUUGUCAAGCCAGGAGGAGCAGCGCAAGUGAGCCAUCGCGAUUAUCAUCUAGGCUUCCAGACUGCAGAAGGCUGCUCUAGAUUCCCCAGAGGCAUGCAACACGCCAGUCAAUUCUUAACACUACAGGGCGCUGUAGCGCAAAGCGACAUGCCACUAGAGAGUGGUCCGACUCGCUUCCUUCCAUUCAGCCAGAAGCUUGAUUCAGGAUUCAUGGCCUACCGACUGCCUGAAUUUGAUCAAUAUUUCAAUGAGAACUGGGUGUCCCUACCAUUGAGAAAAGGUGAUGGUGUCUUCUUCAACCCAGCGCUCCAUCAUGCCGCCGGCAACAACACAUCUCAGGUCGAUCGAAGUGCAAACCUGCUCCAAAUUAGCAGCGCUUUUGGAAAACCAAUGGAACAGAUUGACGCAAUCCCACUUGUCAAGGUGUGCUGGCCAGAGAUUCAACAGCUGUACAAGGCCGAAGGACUUUCCGAUCGUGUCGAAACUGUCAUUGCGGCGAUUGGUGAAGGCUAUCCUUUCCCGACAAAUCUUGAUAACAGACCUCCUGCUCCUAAUGGCAUGGCACCCGCCAACGAGCAGGAUGUGAUACGCGAGGCGAUCACGUCCAACUGGGACACAGAGAAGAUAGUGUCAGCGCUGACGCAGAUGAGAGUCGACGGUCGGCCGUAGAUUGCAAGAUGCUUUGGCUGAAGCAUCAAUAGCAUAGUUGCAUGGUGAUAUGAGGCAGAUAGCUCGAAGCAAACACCCUGAUGAUCUUCUCGAAACCCAC